AUGUCGGCGUCAGUCUACGAAUCAAUGAACGGGAUAUCCCCUCCUGGAGUUCACCCUGUGGCCAUGUCCCGUCCACAGGUCGGUAUCGAGCGCCUACCGACCCGCCGGCUAAGCAAUGAGCCCCGGGAAUCCAUGAACUGCAAGUCAUGCCGCAAGCGCAAGAUCAAAUGUAACCGUCUUCGCCCGUCUUGUGAGGCUUGUCAGGUUUUUCAAUGCCCCUGCGUAUAUGAUGCCGUUCCUAAGAAGCGUGGACCGAAGACGGAUGUCCUGGAGGCACUCUUAAAGAGAGUAGAUGGUCUGGAGGCAAAAUUGAAGGAGAAGAAUGCAGGGGACAAGACCCCGACCACGCCAACCACGGCCGGUGUGAAGGACGAGGACGCUUCGCGAUCAGACGACGCUCAAGAAGAUGACCAGAACCCCAACCCCAAACGCCUGGCGCUGGACACAAAAGUAGACGCCGAUGAAUCGGCCGUCUAUUCGCCUGCCCCAGCGAGUGAACCCUCGCCACCCAGCGUUCAGCCCGAUGCACUGCUAGACACUUAUUUCACACGAUUUCACUCUAAGCCAUACCACAUCUUGGACGAGUCUUCCGUUCGGCAACGGCUUCAGCUAAAUCAACUUCCAAACUACUUGGUCCACGGCAUAUACGCUGUUGCAGCGAGAUACACACCCCAUCCCAGCGGAUACCAAUCAGCCGUUCAACUGAGCGAAGAAUUUGCUUCUCGCGCCAGAGCCGAGAUCGACACAGAUGAGCCUUCGGUCGAUGCCCUGCAGGCCCUGCUUCUCCUCGUCAUUGCCUUCACUGCAGCAGGCAAAGGCAAGAAGGCGUACAUGCUGAUGAUGGGCAUGGCAAUGGCUCUUGAGACUCACCGCGAGAUGGAUAGCAACGCCCGCGUCACGCCCGUCGAGCGGGAGAUGAGGCGGAGACUGUUCUGGACGUGCUAUUUGCUAGACCGAUUUCUCGCAUGUGGUUCCAAACGGCCCUCACUCGUUGGCGACAAAACCAUCCUCCUCCGGUUGCCGUGCUGGUCGCCAAAUCCUUCCGUGCCCCCGGUUGACGGAGAAUUUUUUCAGUCCGGUUCCAACCUGCAGUUUCUCCAGGGCAGCGGCAAGAAGUCUCAAGGGAGCACGGGAAUGCUCAUCGACAUUAGCCGCAUCCUAGGCAUCACGAACCGUUACCUGGCAGCGGGAGGGGUGAAGGGUGACUCUCACUUCCCGUGGCACUCGCUCUCGAAUUUGUCCAAAAUUCGCCAAGACCUGGACAUCUGGGCUUCCGGUACCGAGGACGUCUUUUCAAGUCUGGACACGCUGUUCGGUCAACCUGACUCGACCAUUCUGGUGCUGAGCAAGCUCAUCUAUCACCUCAUCCAUUGCCUCAUCUACCGACCCUUUCUCCCGAUCGAUCUUGCCGAGCUUGCAGGCACCGGACAGCACCAGUCUUGGCAAAUCGAGGCAACCAACAUGUGCUUCCUGCACGCGAACGCGAUCUCGGAACUGGUGGAACUGGGGAAGCAGACCGGCACCAUCGAAUGGCCUGCCUUCGUGGGGUAUUGCAUAUGCACGGCCGGCACGGUUCAUAUUCACGGCGCCCACUACAACAAGCACGGCAGCGGCGAUUCGACCGUGUUCAGCAUGUCAGCAGACUUCCUAUCACGGGAGAUGCAACAACUGAGCGAACUACGAUAUGCCUGGGCUAGCGUCCAGCAUCAGAGAGAAACGCUCCAGGGCAUCUACAACGCGCAUUCAGAGCUGGUCAAGAGCCUUGCAAACAACCCUAUGCGCUAUUCUCCGGCGUUCCAUCUCGAGGAUUUCUUUGACCGGUACUCCAACAUUGGUGGACCUGGCGGGCAGACAUUCAACUUUGACGCAGCGAACCUGAGCCUUUCCGAUGUGGUUGUCGACUUCACUACGGAUACGUACACGGGCCACGAUCUCUACGCCCCUCGUGCAAACAGUAUGCAUGAAGCAGAGCGACCCAACCUGAAGCGCAAGAACACGGCUCCGUCCGGCCGGAAACGCCCUGACGCCAAAGUUCUCUCGCCUCUCAGUACCACUAGCAUGGCGCCUCCCAAUGGCUUACCGACGCCGUCUCAUACUCGCCAUUCAUUUUCUCAUCCGACCCCUACAAUGGCUGCCCAUCCAUCCCCAGGACUGCUUGGAACGCCCACCUCCUUACCUCCACAUCCCGAGGUGAUGGAGCACCCCUCAAUGGCUGUACCCCACGGCCAUUACGACGAGACAGCAGCCAACAACGCGGCUGUUGCGGCGGCCGCCGCGGCCGGCUUCUCACUCGGACAUCAACCCCACCAUCAAGGCAACAUGUCGGCGCUUCCUACAGCCCCCUUUUCGCCGCAAUUCAGUUUCGCCACGCCUGGCCCGAGCGGGAACAACGAGGGAGGUGGCAGCUACGAUCCCAUGUUUGGCGGUCUGCCAACGAACGCCUUCGGCAGCCCGGCGGCCUGGCACGGCGACGAAGGAGGUAAUAAGAUUGCGGGGGUUGCCGCGCCCAGCCCUGGGAACAGGAGCAACAAUGGCAGUACGGGUACUGGUCCGGGCGAGGAGAAGGAUCCCUUCCUCAGUCUGCUGGAACAGCUUGCGGAAAAUGAGCAUCACUUUGCACGAGGCCCUGGCAGCGAGCUCGACUUCUUUUUCGGCGGCACCGGAGCGACACAGUAG